UGGGGGAGGGGCUGGGACUCUGAGCUGGCACUUCGUCAGGGUGCCCUUGAGUCCUCCCAGAAGACCUUUGGGGCAGGUGCCAGUGCUACCCUUCCACAGAGAGCAGCAAGAGUAGGUACAGCAGGCAGACCACACCCCUGCUAAUGAGCUAUGGGGGAAGCUAUCGGCUCAGAAAAACCCUUGUUUCCUGCUCCACCCUAACCUGGUGAUGUGUGGUGGAAGGCUCUACGGUAAGUACAUAACCUAGACCUGCUGGCCCAGGUGGCCCAGGUUCUAGGAAUGACUCCGCAGAACUCAGGACAUGCGAGGGUGAAAAUGUCACAGAUGAGGAAAUGCCAAGCUCCGAGAGCCAAGAUUGCUGGUGUCCAGUCUGGUCCGGUCCCACGCAGAUUCCCUCUCCCCUACCACUCCUGAACUUGAACUCCACCCCAUCCCUACCCCCUUCUACCUGCUUCCUGGAUUCCUCAUGAGUUUCUGAUUUUUGCCAACGUUCCCCUGCAAAUCUCCAGGCUGACUGGACUCAUCUAUGGGGGUUGUCACUGGAGACAAAGCAAGUGUCCCAGCAUAGGUAGAGUUUGGACAGCUGCCUCUAGCAGGAUCCCCAAAUAUUCAGGGAGAUGCCUCAACAAUGCCAAACAAGAGAACUCCACAUAGUGCCACCACAUGGUCACUAAAGGCAGCCCUGACCAGUCCCUGGGCCUCCUUCUCUACCUCCCCCACCUUCCAGGCAAAGGCUCCCUCCUGCUUGCCGGCUGUCUCACAGGCCCUGCAUAGCUCACUCCAGCUCUGUCCCCAGGGUAACCUGGAGGAAUAAGGGGCCUGCCCAGAGUCCCCAGGAGCCCUCUCUGCCCUGUCUGGUGAGGAUGAGACAUCCUGGGUGGAAUGACAGAGGUCAAUGAGCUGGAAGAGGGAGUCACUCCCGCCCCACCCCAUGGGAGUCUGCUGGGCUGCAGACCAGGUACCCUUAGGCUCUGCCUCCUGGUGCUCAGGCCCCAAGCACAUCACAGCUCCUUUUAGGGAAAGGCGUGCAGGGCAGUGGAGUCCAGGGCUUUCCCUAAGUAGCCAGAUAUUUUCCCAUUUAAGACUGUGUGGAAGUCCACGAAGCAGAGUAGCCAGCUCCGUGGGUCCUCAGAGGAGUGUGCCUCCCUUACGUCUUACAGAAUCCAGGACUCAUGAGAGUGCAUGUCCUCAGUAGUUCCCGCCUUCCCGCCCCCUGGCAUAUGAGAGAAGGCCCAGGACUGGGGUAGGGGUGGUACUAGGCACAUUCGUGCACACUCACAUGCCAGCAAGACACGCACAUACACAGAAACAAGUCUAAUGCAUCUGCUCCAGGCUCCAGCCUUUCUUCUAACCACUGCUUGGCUGGAUCCCUGUUUUUGCCACUGUUCAAACAAGUACUUCCUGUUUCCAUUUUCAAACCUUCUAUGUCCCCUGACAGGUACAAUCGGUCGAGGCCAGGUUCUGUAAGGCCCGGGUGCCAGGGCAGCCUGCAGUGUGGUUCUCCAACUUAGCUUAACAGCAAGAACUGUGCCAGCAUCUCGAUACAUGUCCAAUUCUGGUUUUAACUGGUCCUGGAUGGGGCCACACGUGUUAGAUGGAGGACCGGGUGUGAGCUGUAUCAGUGAACCUUAUAUAAAAAGCCACAAAGACGAGGCCCCUGAAGAAAAGGAGCCGACUGGUGCUGCCAGACCUUGCUCUCCCACCAUGUAGACCCCUUCCUGAGGGAUGAAGAUGGGUAUACGGCGAUAGACCUAGCAGAGUAUCAUGGACACCAGGAUUGUGCCCAGUUCCUGCGGGAAAUGUCUCGGCCGCCCAAGGCAGUGACCAUGAUGAAUUUCAUCAGUGGUACCCACCCUUCAGGAAGAUGACCUACCAUGUUCAGGUGCCAGUUCUGAUGACACCCCCACCCCCACCAUUCCCACCUCCUCCACUGCUGGCUGCAGGACUCCCCCUGGAAGAAGAAAGAAGAGGGGACUCGGGACUCAGGAGCCCCUCUUCCUGGCCUGCUCAGCCUGUCCCAAGGGAACCAAUGGCCUGUACAGCCCCUCUGAGUGUCACCUCCUCAGCUGCCCUUCAGGGGGCUGAGGUGGAACCCCUAGACUCCCAUGAUGGCCUGACCACUCUGCAGCUGGAUCGGUUGCCUUCAGGAGACCUUGACAUGCUGGUGCCCACCCAGGAUGAGCGAGGCCGGCCCAUCCCUGAGUGGAAGCGGCAGGUGAUGGUGCGGAAGCUGCAGGCUCGCCUGGGUGCAGAUCAUCCUCCAGAAGAUCAGGACCAGAGUCAAAGGCAGGACUCAGGCCCCACCCCUGCAGAACAGGCAACUUGGAGGUAUUCGCAGACUCACCAGGCCAUCCUGGGCCCCUUCGGGGAGCUGCUGACAGAAGAUGACCUUGUCUACCUGGAGAAACAGAUCAACGACCUGCAGCUCCGGCGCCGAUGCCAGGAGUAUGAGAGCGAGCUGGGCCGGCUGGCAGCUCAGCUGCAGGCCCUCCUGCCCGAGCCCCUGGUCAGCAUCACCGUCAAUAGCCACUUUCUGCCCCGGGCUCCCGGCCUGGAUGACGAGGAAGGUCCAGCCCUGGCGCCUGAACUCGAAGCCUCCGAGGAGCCCGGGAAGGCGGAGCCCAGAGGGCAGCCACUGCCCUUCUGGUGCAGCCACAUCGGUCGCCUGGUGCGCAGCAUGUCCCUGCUGCUGAAGGGCAUGAAUGGGCUGGCACAGGGCGAGGAGAAGCCGCCCGCCUCGGUCCCUCAGGACCCAAGCAAGGAGACCAUGGCCGGCCCCUCUCGGAGCGAGGCCCAGCGCGAGAUCCAGGAGUGCGGAGUGUCAGUUCGAACUUUGCGGGGGAAUUUCGAGUUUGCCCCAGAUCUGCCCUGCGCCUCGAACUCGGGUCCCUGUGAGCUGGGGGCGCGGCCGGGCCAGUGUCUGAGAGGCUGCUGGUCGGCGCCGCCACAGCCCCGAGGUGAGCCGAUGGGAAGGGAGCCCCGGCCAGGCGACACGGAGGAGGCCAGCGACUCGGGCAUCAGUUGUGAGGAGGCCCCGUCAGAGGCCGGCGCCGGUCCGGGACUGGACCUGGCCAACCUGCGCAAGGAACGCAUCGUCAUGCUUUUCCUCGGCCAUUGGAAGAAGUCGGCCUACACACCGGCGCUCAGGACCGCCGCCUGCAGGACCCUGGAGGCUCAACGUGCACGAUCCAGGGGCCCCGAGGCCGCGAGUAGCCCCCGGCCGCUCUCCCCGCAGCCCAGCGACAGUCCCAGGCUCGGCCACCUGUGGCAGCAGCGUGGCAUCAUCACCCACCUGCUGGGCACCUGGAAAGCCAUCAUGGCGCACGUGCCGGCCCGGCAGCUGCGGAGGCUGAGCCGCAGGGCGCGCGGGCCCCUGUCCCCCGAGCAGUUCUUGCCUCACGUGGACGGGGCACCCGUGCCCUACAACAGCCUCUCGCUGGACCUCUUCAUGCUCGGCUACUUUCAGCUCCUGGAGUGCGACCUGCCAGCCGAGGAGCGCAAGAUGCGGCACUUGCUAUGCUUUGAGGUUUUCGAGCACCUAGGCGCACACGGCUGGGAGGCCGUGCGAGCCUUCCAUAAAGCAGUGACCGACGAGGUGGCCGCGGGCCGCCGUGCCUGGACCGACGGUUUUGAGGACAUCAAAGCCCGCUUUUUCGGCUCCAGCCAGGGUCCCCCCUGGGACGUGGAACCGGGUCGCAAGCUGGGCCUGACACCUCUCGGUUCCUUGCCCCAUGCUGCCCUCCCUGGCAGCGGCCCCGAACCUGCAUCCCCGAGGCUGGGGUCUAAUUCUCAGCAGGGCAGCUUCAACAGCGGGGACAUCUGUGGCUACAUCGACCGCAGCUUCGCCUUCUGGAAGGAAAAAGAAGCUGAGAUGUUUAAUUUUGGAGAAUGACUGUUCACCUGGUGGGAUAGGACUCUGGGGGAAGUUUGGGGUUCCUUUGUUCAUUCUUUAUGCUCCCUGGGGUUCAGGUGAAGUGGGCACAGUGAUGGUUGACUCCUGUUUGUCUUCGUGGAGAUCGGAAGCCAUGUCCCGCAGAAGUCUCUUAAGCCAUGGUGUCCAUCUCUUCUGAGCAGUGAUUGGGGUCAAAUCCUCACUUGGGAGCACAGCCCCCAGGCCCUCAAGUGGUCAUAUGGGUCUGAGGGUCCUGCAGCCAAGGAGCUGGUGUCCUAGCACCAGGGCCCUCUUGCCAGUCAUGUUUCCAGCAGUCACGUGGAAGUCUGCAUCUUUGGUUUCAAUGGCUCGGGUGGUCUCAGCUCCACCACCACCCUCUCUAUACCUCCCUUUGGGCCUCAGCCCUGGGCUUGCCUCUAGUGUUUGUUUGUUUGUUUGUUUGUUUGUUUGUUUGUUUGUUUGUUUGUUUCUGGCAACCUCCUAUCUCUAAAACCAGAGGGAGUGUGUCUAGCGUGAACAAUCUCCCUGACAGAAGGGCUUCUGUGGAGGAGACCCUAAAGCCCCAGCAGACAAGUGGUCCUGCCCUGAUUUUCCUGCUUGGCAGUCAUAACUGCUAUUGUCAUUCUAGCAACAUCUCUCCUCUGGCACUGCCUGGCCCCUGGGGGAAGGCUAGGAGGGCCCUAAGAGCAGGGACACCAAGAAUAUCCAUCCACGGGGGGGUGAGGAGUUCUUCCAAUACAAAGGUUGGUACCUUCUGAAGGGAAACUGGCCUUCUGUAGCUGGGAACAGCUUACAGCAAAGGAAGAACAUAGCAGGGGUGGUCAUGUGGCCUUUUGGGUUUCACCUUCCCAUGCCUUGGAGAUUCCAGGUACCAUAGAGAACCACAGCAACUAGGUGCUAGAGAGGGAGCCCUCCAGGUGGCUGACUGUAAGAUGGGGCUCGAUUACAGCUUCUGGUGACAGGCAGAAGGAUGAGUCACCACCCACCUCAUGGGGCCCAGGAGAACUGGCCUGGAACCCCCGGAGGACUUUGGGGUAGUGACCUUUUGAGGAGACUACAAUUGGUAUGGAACAGGGGUCGGCAGUCCAGUCUCUUGGGGCAGUCAUUCACAAUGGGGCCCGGCCAUGUCCAAGAGUCUCCUACAGUGUCCCCGAAUCACCACUGGGGGGAGCAGGAAGCCCUAACCUUGGGCUCUUGGAUGGUAGUAGAAAGGCUGUUGGCUGGAUGGAGCAGAGCCUCACAGACAAGUCUAGGAAGGGGUCCCAUGGAUAGGGACCUCCAGGGAGAUAAAGUUGGCAUGGGGCAUGGAUUUUGGUGCUGGAAAAGCCACAAAAGGCAGUGGUAUAGGUCCUGACUCCAAGUUGUCUCCCUCCCUUGCCCACCCUGGGACCUGCUCUGAGGUGACAGGGUGAAUCCUCCUACUUGGCCCUUGGCUUCCUCUGUUUUUAGAGUCUCUUCAGAAGCUGACGCUGGCUGUGUGUUUGCUAAAUAAAAUUGCUGUCCCUGGCCGGCGAGCAUGUGCUUAUCACUCUGCCCCCUGGGAAAGGUGCCUGUGUUCACAGAGCCUGACCUCUUGAAUGGACACUCAGACCCCAGUGGCUCAGUGCAGCUGUAACACCAAAGCAAGUUGUCACACCUACAAAGGACCUAGAUUCCUCCCUACAUCAUGGCCACAGGGAUGUGGUGCUGAUGCUGGCUUGCUCAUUCUAGGUCCUGGUAGGUGAGGGGUUCUGUCCAGAGCCUCACCAUUGGCUCGGAUGCUCGAGAGCUUGUAGCACUUCCAGAAGUAGACACUAGUAGGCAGGGCGCCUUCAGGGUAGUGACUGUCAUCUCUUUAGAGUGUAACAAAGAAGGAUCCUGUGUUGCAGUUGGGAGGGCAGCAGUCACAGAGCCUAGUCUUGAGUCUCCUAGGUAAGAAGUGGGCAUGCCCAGUCCUCAUAGCCUUUGGCUCUCAGUUUCACCAGUGAAAGGUCAAACCCAGACUCUCAGGGACACGUAACAAGAUCUGGAGGACCUGGAGUGAGGUAUGAUGCUAGGCGAGGGAGACAGUAGGGGUUCAAACCUAGGUUUGUGGCCCAAAUGGAAGGCAACCCUCUUCUGCAGACAUGUCACAUCUACAGGAAGCUACCUUAAGGUUCUGGUGCCCUGGCCUGGGUGAGGACAGGUAGCUAAUUUUUAAAGACAUUCUGGGUCAUUCUGAUGCCUUAUCCAGCAGGCCAGGAGACCAUGGCACUCUUGCAGCUGGCCUGGAACCCCCAGGGGACUUUGGGGUAGUGACCUUUUGAGGAGACUACAAUUGGUAUGUGACAGAGAUCUUCAGUCCAGUCUCUUGGGGCAGAGUCAUACACAAUGGGGCCAGGUGCCCCUUGUAGUCAGAGGCUAGCCCCUCAAGGCCAUACUCACAGUUGGACACAUAAACCUGUUGUCCUGCUGGCAAAGCUUCACUGAGGACCCAGAACCCCUUCAUAAACGUCCUGGAGGUUGAGGUCCCAGAACAAGGCUUCCAGACGAGUUUGGGCCCUCCCGUUCACUUGUAAAAUGUGUGCAAAAUGAAUACGCAGAGAAACAGAAAACAUGCCAAGAUUAAUAAACUAAUGCUACUCCCAGA